ACCAUCUUUUUCUGUACUACCGUUAGUAAAGCUAAUACAUUUGGAUUUUUACUAAUAAAAAAAAACAUACAUUGAAUAUUUCGUCAACAAAAGUUAUAAACUAAAUACUACAAUAAGAGACUUAGAUAAUACCAAAUUAAUGCAUCAAAACAGAAAUACAAAUUCUAACAUGAUAAGAAGUGUGGUCUUCAUUGGAUUUUUUAUUUAUGUGAUGGUCUUAGCCACAUCAUGUUGCUGUCACCCCGUCAUGUCUUCUGAAGUAGAAAAUAUAGCCCGACCUACACGGCCUAAGACUUUCGGCUCACCAGAUGAAUUACGUUCAUACUUAGACCAGUUAGGACAAUAUUUGGCAGUAGUUUCACGUCCAAGGUUUGGAAAAAGGAAACCAGCUUUCCCCAUUCCGUCUACUAUAACAAAACCAAGACUACAACAGUAUAUCGAUCAACAACGCAUGUUUAAUAAUAAUUUCAAUCGAGAAGACGACGAGACAUAUAAAUUACAGUUCAAACCUGCAGUUAUAAGAAAUUCAAAAGAUUUAUACGACAUGUUGUUUUCAUCACGCCGUGAAAAUGGCAAUAAUGAUCAUCAUCAGUAUUAUUUAAUGCAACAAGACACAACUAAUGCAGACAUCGGUUUAGAUUCAAUUUAAUAAUUAUUAUAUGUAUAAGUAGAUAGUAUAAGAAACUCAAUGCAAUGUAAUGUACCGAUAUUUCUUGAUAUAUUUAGUCAAAGAUAGUUUAUUAGAUGUAUAAGAAUCUUAAAAUUCAAAAUUCAAUAAUACCUAAAUUAAAUUCUUAAAAUAGCUAAGCCAAAAAUAUUGUAUUA